GUCCGCCCGCUAUGGAAGGGCCGGGCAGGGCCGGGGGCCCCAGGCAGGGACCCCGAGCACGGAUCCCGCACCAGGACCCAGCACCGGGACCCCGCAACCCGCAGCCGCCAUCACAGCGGCCCCGAGGUCCCCGCAAGCCGCGGUCCUCCCGCCCGCAGGGGGCGCUGUGGUCUCUACAGACCCCGCCCCUUCCGCCGCUCCCGGUGAGGCCUCUGCGGCCCCGGUACCCGCCCGGGCCGCGCCCCGGCAGCCGCGGUGGGUGAGGAGCGAUGGGGAAGAGCUGCAAGGUGGUGGUGUGCGGCCAGGCCUCGGUCGGCAAAACGUCCAUCCUGGAGCAGCUCCUGUACGGGAACCAUGUGGUGGGGUCCGAGAUGAUCGAGACCCAGGAGGACAUUUACGUGGGCUCCAUCGAGACGGACCGGGGGGUGCGUGAGCAGGUGCGGUUCUACGACACGCGGGGCCUGCGGGACGGCCUGGAGCUGCCCAAGCACUGCUUCUCCUGCACCGACGGCUACGUGCUGGUCUACAGCACUGACAGUAAAGAGUCCUUCAAGCGUGUGGAGCUCCUCAAGAAGGAGAUUGACAAGUCCAAAGAUAAGAAAGAGGUCACCAUCGUGGUUUUGGGCAACAAGUGUGACCUGCAGGAGCAGCGCCGGGUGGACCAUGAUGCAGCACAGCACUGGGCCAAGGGUGAGAAGGUGAAGCUGUGGGAGGUGUCUGUGGCCGACCGGCGGACGCUGAUCGAGCCCUUCAUCUACCUGGCCAGUAAGAUGACACAGCCACAGAGCAAGUCUGCUUUCCCCCUGAGUCGUAAGAACAAGGGCAGUGGAUCCAUGGAUGGCUGAACCUUGUUUCUCCUUCCCUUGCCACCUCCUCACCCUCACCUCCCUGCUUCUCUCACACCUACCUCCUGCUGACCCUGUUCGGCGGCGUGGAGCCCGUGGGAUGCGUGGUGGCAGGAGGAGUGGGUGUCCCAGGGCUGGGGAAUGGUCUUUGAGGUUGAGAGAGGUGACCCAUCUCCCUGCACUGGGACAGGGCCUGCUCUUUUUAGUGCCCAGCUCCUGCAGGUGUUAGAGGUGCUACAGGAAAACCAGGAUUCACCCAGUGACACCCCUCAGGUCUCCGGGCAGACCCUAGGGCUGUGCUGCUGGAGGGGAGGCACAGCCAGGGGCUGGCCAGCAGGUGGAGAUCAGCUCCAGGGCUGAGCUCAGCCGGGCCCGAGGAACAAUUCCCUCUCUCCAGCCGCUCCCACCAUGUGGGAAGAGCCCAUUUUCUAGCCCUGCCUCCAGCGCAGCCGCUGUCAGAGCAGCUCUGCUCCAUCCCUGUCGUGGCCCUGGCAGGUUGCCCCUUACCUGGCAGUGGCCACUGCUCUGUUACCUGCAGAAACAGCCAUCCCACCUGGGUGAGUGUAGGGCAGGGCAGGGUUUCCACAUCCCCCACACCCUGAUGCCUGGGGCUGUGUCAGCUCUCACUGCCCAUCUAUCACGGUGCUGAUUCUCCUCUCAGAACCUGUCCAUGAGACAAAUGGAAGGUGGCCUUGUCCUGUCCAGCAACACAUGUUCCCUUCUGCUAGUCUGGAUCUAGGAGGAAAAAAAAUGACAAGAAAUCCCUGCCUUGUUUAUACUCCUUCCUUUUAUUUACUGAGUAACACAAUAAAGCGAUGAGAUUCGAUUAUCAAAAUAUUAUCCUUUUUUUUUUUUUUUUCCCCAACAGUUAUAGUACAUCAAAAAAAAAA